GGAAGCCGAAACAAGCUGCUGACCCUAACAGUGAAACUAGUGUCAGCCAAUCCAGUAUCGGGCCUUCAAACAAACACAUUGUGCAUAUCGUGUUCGAACGAGUGAGGAUGUUUUAUAGGUAUAGUCAAAAGUAAGUACAUUUUUCGAAUUUAGUUGCGGAUGUUGUUGAUACUAUUUGUUGAGUCCUGCCUUCCAGUGCAUGAACAAAACCGAACUUUCGUCAACUGUUCUCUUGAAGUUUCAGGUACACCAUGCCAUUCCUUCAACUCGUAGUCACGGCGUACAUAGUCAUUUACUCCCAAGGUGCUAAAUGUCCCGACAUCCAGCAUUGUACUGAGUGUGAUGAACAGACAGGUCGAUGCAGUACAAAGUGCCACAGAGGAUAUUUCGGCCCCAACUGCCAGGAUGAUUGCAGCAGCAGGUGCAGGUACCACACGUGUGAGCUGCUCCCUGACAAAGGUAUUGGGAGAUGUACUGAUGGUUGUAUACCUGGAUUCCAGGGUCUCACCUGUCAGAGGCCAUGUGACACUCUCCAGGUAGGCUGUACCAGGUGCCCAGGUGGAUGUGAUGGGGAGUAUUGUCAGGUGGCUGGAGCUUGUUUCUCUGGUUGCAGCCACUCCUACUACGGAGCAGGAUGUAAGACAUGUUCCAGCAGAUGUAAGUCCUGCAACAGGAUCACAGGAACCUGUGAGGAGUGUCAUCCUCCUUAUUCAGGAGUAGAGUGUAGACACUCAUGCGAGAACUGUGUCGGAGGAUGUGAGAGUGGCUGUACAGAGGGAUGCAGACAAGGUUUCUAUGGUGACGACUGUACUGAAGCAUGCAGUGACACCUGUCGACCUAACCCCUCCCUGACCACGGGUGGACAAUGUCCAGAUGGAGAUUCAUGUCCACCUGAGUGUCACAGCCAGACUGGCGAGUGUGUCUACGGUUGUGUUGAUGGCUGGUAUGGCCCCAAGUGUUCACGGCGAUGCAGCCUAACUGUCAACACCAGAGGUGUAACCAGGCAGGUGCGUGUGUUGUAGGAUGUGGGAAAUGCCUCAAGGAAGCAUGUAACACAUCUUGUAUCACAGGGUGUGACGGGUGUGCGGGUGGUGUUUGUGAUGUGACAUCCGGGGUCUGUGUACAGGGAUGCAACUCGACUGGAUCCAGGUGCGGCGAUAACUGCACCGACAACUGCCGAACAUCUGAUUGUCCGUCUGGAUCGUGUGAACCAGGGGAACCUGUGUCUGAUGCCUCCAACGCCGUCACGGUGACAUCGGUUGUGCUUGUCGUCUUCAUCCUCCUGGCUGCAUGUACCGCUGGCUACAUCUGCUACCGUAAAGGGAAUGUGUCCCACACGGAAUAAAGUUGAUGAUCAGAAACUGGAAGCUAAGCUGGAGCAGGCAGACAUCGCCAUCCACGACUACCUGGAGCUACAUCACUACGAGGACAUCAGAGAGGAGGACAUUGUGGAACCAGACCAGAACCAAGGCACCGGUAGGGAGGAGGCUCCCGACAUUCCUGUUGUAGCAGACUGCUACCCUGGAGAACUGAUGACUGGUGUCAAGGAUAAGUCAGGAAGAGGCUCGUACACUGAACUUAGGAAGGGCGGCCAUGUCUCUCGUCCUAGAUCGUCUGUCGGGUACAUAUCGCCACUUGAAUAGGAGAACCAGUUGUGUCUAUCAACCCUUGACACGAAGAUUAGUUAGUGUCUAUCAACCCUUGAGAAGGACAUCAGUUGUGUCUAUCUACCCUUGUCAAGGACAUCAGUUGUGUCUAUCAACCCUUGAGAAGGACAUCAGUUGUAUCUAUCAACGCUUGACAAGGACAUCAGUUGCGUCUAUCAACCAUUGACAAGGAUAUCAGUUGUAUUUAUCAACAAUUGACAAGGACAUCAGUUGCGUCUAUCAACCAUUAACAAGGAUAUCAGUUGCGUCUAUCAACCCUUGACAAGGACAUCACUUGUGUCUAUCAACCAUUAACAAUGACAUCAGUUCAGUCUAUCCACCAUUGACAAGGAUAUCAGGUGUGUCUAUCAACCCAUGACAAGGACAUCAGUUGUGUCUAUCAACCCUUGACAAGGA